AUGUCGACUACAAGCAACGCAGACGUUCACAUUAAAAUGGAAGCGGAGGAGAUCACAGCAGGAACCCCACCCACACUCUCUCAAGUGCAGUGUACAGUUGAAGACCUAAUGUUAAGGUAUUACAAAGGCGGUGCAGCCGCAGAAAGUGAUAGUGAAUAUAAGAAAGCUCUUGAAAAGAACUUAGAUUCUUAUUCAAGCCACAAAGUUAAGCUUGAAAGUGCAUUGAAAGAGGCAGAAAUAAAGAAAAGAAAAGCAAAGUUACAGUGUGAGGAGGCAGAAAUUGAAGCAGAAUUAGAAUUAUGUGUGUCUCGUCGCAAUGCUCAGUUGGCUGAAGUUGAGUACAGAGUAGUGUGUGAAGAAAGUAGUGAUAAGUUGUCAUCUAUUUCAGCAAGAGGCAGCAGAUUCUUUAAGUCGUGUCAAGCAGUACGUGGAAGAUCAGAACAGGUACCAGAAUUUGAUCUCAACCCUUCUUUGGAACAAGCUAUGCCUGUCAUACAACCUCUUCGUAGUCAGCCCAGUGAUGCCAAGGCUAAUCCUGUGAGUAACAGUUGUUGUGGAGAAUUGUCGCGUUUCCUUUUGAAGAAGGAACUUUCCCUGGCACGUUUCAGUCCAUUUGAUGAUCGUCCUGAGUCUUAUGUGCCUUGGAAAACUACUUUUCAGCAGACCAUUCAAGAUCUGCAUGUUACGUCUUUGGAAGAAGUUGACCUUUUACUCCGGUGGCUGGGCCCUGAGUCGUCCAAAUUUGCGCAGAGUAUAAGGACUUCCAAUAUACAUGAUCCAAGUAAGUGCAUCAAGUUGAUAUGGAAGAGGCUUGAAGAUAGAUAUGGCAGUCCUGAGAUUAUUGAAGCAUCUAUCAAGAAGAAACUAGAAAAGUUUCCUAAGGUUACGUUCAGAGAUCCCAAGAAACUGUAUGAUCUGCAUGAUCUUCUUUGCGAAGUACAGUCGCUUAAAGAAAAUCCACUUUACGAGAAACUGUUUGGACACUUUGACACAUCUGCAGGAAUAAACCCUGUGAUAAGCAAGUUACCUCCUUCAGUACAAGGAAAAUGGCGAGACAAAGCAUCCAACUACAAGAAAACACAAGACUUCAUUUCUGACGUUGCACAAAUCCAUAAUGAUCCAGGAUUUAAUUUUGAGCCAGAAGUAAGAUCUCAUACAGACAAGACUUCAAAGCUAGAUAAAUUUAAAGUAACUACAAAGAAGACUGUAGUGCCUGAUGAAGAAGCCCUUAAAUGUAUAAUACAUGGGACCAACCAUUCUCUACAUGAAUGUAAAAGCUUUAAGUCAAAGUCUUUAGAAGAACGCAAGAAACUUCUGAAAGAAAAUAGAAUAUGUUUUAAGUGUUGCAUCUCGAAGAACCACUUAAGUAGAGAUUGUCCAGAGGACAUAACCUGUAAAGACUGUGGAAGUAAAUACCAUUGCACUGCUAUGCAUUUGAAGAAAUUUCAGUCUGUUCCUGAGACAAGUACUAAGGCUCAUGGCAGGGAGAAGCCGGAGCAGAGUGUUGUUAAAGAGUCAGUACGUGAACAAGCUUUAGAUGUGACCAACAAGAGUACUGGUGUAUGUGAGGAAUUUCCUGGAAAGUCUUGUGCUAAAAUUUUGCCAGUUUACGUUUUUCAUGAGAGUAACCCGAGGAAGCGUAUGAAGUCAUAUGUUAUAUUAGAUGAUCAGAGUAACAAAUCUUUAGCUAAAGGAGAGCUUUUAGAUUUCUUUGAUGUUCGCUCUGUGGCAGAGGAAUACAUCAUAACUAGUUGCUCUGGCCGUUCAGUUAUGACAGGAAGGAAAGCUGGUGGACUAUGCAUACAAGCUGUUGAUGGUAGUCUACAGAUGAGCCUUCCUACAGUCAUCGAAUGUGAUGAACUUCCUAAUAAUAGGACUGAGAUUCCAACUCCCAACAUUGCUCGACUUCAUCCACACCUCAAAGACAUUGGUUCAGAAAUUUCACCUCUUGAUGAUCAGGCUCAGAUUCAAUUAUUGAUUGGUAGAGAUCUACCCGAAGCUCACCAUGUACUAGAUCAAGUAACAGGUCCACCAGGUACACCCUUUGCCCAGAAGAUGAAGUUAGGCUGGGUAAUUGUAGGUGAAGUCUGCCUGGGGAAGCAUCACGCAACAAAGAAUGUGAAUUGUUUCACCGAACCUGGAAAAUCCACAGAAGACAAAAUGUUCUUGAAGUUAAUGGAGAAAGAAUUUGUCAAAGAACCAGCAGGUAACUGGAGUGCACCUUUACCUUUUAAGCCCUUAAAGAAAAGAUUACCGAACAAUAAAUCCAUGGCUGUGAGACGUGCCAAUAGCCUAGCCAAGAGUCUUCAGUUCAAUUCUGUUAAAAGAGAACAUUUCCUAGACUUUAUGAAAAAGCUUUUUGAAAGAGGUCAUGCUGAAAUAGCACCACCUUUGAAAGAAAAUGAAGAAUGUUGGUAUCUUCCAGUGUUUGGAGUGUAUCAUCCAAAGAAACCUAGUCGUAUCAGGUGUGUUUUUGACUCUGCUGCUAAGUUUAGAGGUACAUCAUUGAAUGAUGUGUUGAUGACAGGUCCAGACCUAAAUAAUUCUCUGUUGGGUGUACUUCUACGUUUUCGAAAGAACAGAGUGGCUGUAUUAGCAGAUAUUGAGAUGAUGUUUUAUUCAUUUGAAGUACAUAAAGAACACAGAAACUAUCUUCGUUUUUUGUGGCACAAAGACAAUGAUUUAAGUAAAGAACUUAUUGAAUAUCGUAUGACCAGACAUGUUUUUGGAAAUAGUCCAUCACCCGCAGUAGCAAUAUAUGGACUACAGAAGACUGCUGAAGCUGCAGGAAGUACAUAUGGUGAAGACGUCACAAAAUUUGUCCAGCGACAUUUUUAUGUUGAUGAUGGUCUGAUAUCUCUAUCAAACCAAGAAGUCAUGUCAGCCUUGCCAGGUGACGACAUCUCUCAAGAUUUGAAGGACAUGGACUUUGAUGCUGAACAUCUUCCGUUGCAGAGAAGUUUAGGAUUAUAUUGGGAUCUUCAAGCAGAUAUCUUUACUUAUAGGAUUGCAGAAGAAAACCCUUCACUCGUAGAGGUGUGCUGUCAACAGUCAACAGCAUUUAUGAUCCUCUAG